CGACAUACUUAUCAAACCUACUUUCCCAAAACCAAACCUAAAACCAGGUGUUACGUCGAAAAUGGCAGAUGAAGUGAAGUUGUACGAGGAUGGACGGAGUCCAUACGUGUCGAGAGUGAAACUUGCUUUGCAUCUGAAGGGAGUCAAGUACGAAAGCGUGGUAGAAGAUCUAAGUAACAAGAGUGCGGACCUUCUCAAGUACAAUCCGGUUUAUAAGAAGGUACCCGUGCUGGUGCACAAUGGUAAUCCCAUCUCGGAGUCUCUUGUGAUCAUUGAGUAUAUCGACAACGUGUGGAAAGGGGUUCCGAUUUUGCCUUGCGAUCCGUACGAGAAGGCUGAUGCUCGAUUUUGGGCUAAAUUCAUAGCUGAUACGUGCAAUCCUGCAAUAUACGAAGUUCAUCGUAGCUAUGGGAACGAGCAAGCGGUUCUAGAAGCCAACGAGAAACUGCAAAUACUAGAAAACAAGCUCAGGGUCAGUGGUCAGAAGUUCUUUGGAGGUGACAACAUUAACUUGGUUGAUAUUGCUGCUGUUUAUAUAGCUUAUUGGCCUGAAAUAGUUGAAGAAGCUAAGGGAAUAAAGUUUUUUACUAGAGACAAGUUCCCCAAAGUAUCUGAAUGGGCUGAUAACUUCCUCAAUUGUCAAGUUGUCCAGGAAACUUUACCUCCAAGGGCACAAUUGCUUGCAUAUUUUAAGAAGCGCCAUGAGGCAAGGAACAAGGCGUAACGAUAUAUCUUACGGUUAUAAAUAUUUAAUUGUGUUUUAUUAUGAUAUAUGAAGUUGCAGUUUAUGUGUACAACAUCUGUUGAUGUUGCAAUUAGAAGCUCUUAUGAUAAGUAUUGUUUUAUUUAGCGUGUGAUAGUUUCUAUAUUCGAUAUUGUGUUACUUGUAAUAUGUAAGAUUGUAAGGUGUUCUCUUUGUUUAAGACUUUAAGCAAAUAAAGGAGGAUUGAUCUUUGAAGAUA